CGUGGAGCAGAGCCUGGGAAGAGACACAGAAGACAAGGCGCUCAUGCUCCCUCUGCAGCUGCUCAGCUUCAGACAGACAGCUGGAAUUCAACAUGCAGGACGACAACAUGACCUCCCCUUCUGAAAUCCAAGCCAGCACCUGCGACACAGACAGACAGGUGGAGAUCAGUCCCUGCAGCAGUGCCUGGAUGGUACCUGGAUCUGCAGGUGCAGAAAGACACAGCGAGGUCAAGCAGCAGCUUCCUCUGUUCAACUCGCUGGAUGAACGCCUGCAAACACACGACACAAAACUUAAUAACAAUUGAAAAUGACAGAAAUGUUUCCUGCUCAUGCUGUCAGAACAACGGGACCAAACAUCUGCGAGGGAAAAAUAAAUCUCAGUUACCUGCAUGCGGAGCUCCAGGUCUCUGGCUGCCUGGUAGAUCUCCUCCUCCUCACACUCUCCAGACUGAGCCAGCUGAUCUGCUGCUUCCAGAAGCUUCUCUGCAUUCGUCGUGAACACCUGCCACAUAUCACAGGUUUGAUUGGACAAAUGUUCUGGUGGCUCCUUUUAACACCACUGAUCUGAACCCAGGACGGGCUGUUGGGUUUAGUUGAUCCAGGUCUAAGCGUGUUACCUGCGCCACCUGCUGGAAGUCGUCGUGGCGUUUCUGCAGCGCUCGCGCUCGAUGCAGGGACUUCCCCACGCCGCUGUGUUUGUUCAGGAAAACCUCACCAUGCUGCUCCACCCAGUCCAACACCUGAGAGACAGACAGACGGGUGGAGAGAGACAGACAGGUGUUUUUUGUUUCAGCGUGGGAGGCGAGGGAGAGAAUCUGAAACUUAAACAAGGUUUGAACGUUGAAUCUCUCAAAAUCUGAACUGUGAUGUUGACAUCAGACAGGAUGAGAUUCUGGACCUAAAUGUGGAUCUGAAUCUCAGUGUUCUGGAUCUGGAUCUGUCAUACCUGUCUAACAUCCUGUUGAAACACACACAGCUGCAGGCGCUGGUGGAGGCGGAGUUUUCGAUGCUGCCACGCCCCCUCCACCUCAUGGUGACCCUGCAAAAAAGAAAAGAAAGUCUGUCUGCCUGUCUGUCAGUACUACUAUAACGAUGGAGGUGAGACAUGAUCAAGUGAGAUGUACCUGCAUGACCUGGUGCAGAACUCCCAUGAUGCCGUGCGUGGCAGCCGUGAAGUCCGGUUUAGUCGCCGGGUCGUCGGAGUCAUUCACCGGGCAACGCUGGAGGACGUCCAAUAAGGCUUUACCACUCUCACUGACCUGCAGACAGACAGCCGGUUGCCAUGGCGAGUGUAUUGCUGCGCUCCUCCAACGCCGUCGUCAGGGACUUCCAGUCCUCCUGUAGCCGUGACGACACCAUGGUGAUCCGCUCCGCCCCGUAGUGACCGGCCUCUGCCAGCCUCGCUGCCACGGCCGUUAAAGGCGGUUACGGUGAGGAUGAGGCCGGUGGAGGAGGGAGCGCUGGUGUCGGAGCUGAAAAGGCAGCUGGAGGAUGAAGAGCUGAAUGUGGAGCAGAAAGUCAGCCUGCUCAACAACGGCUUGAACAAGGCUCUGAACAUGGCAGCGGUGCAGACAGACAUCAGUGCGUUGGCUCGUGUGAAGUCUCAGUUGUAUCUGAGCGGCGUCCUGAGUCACUGUGUCCUCGUUCUCUCCCUGGAUCCCAGAAGGCUGCGGGGCAACUGGAGCGCCGCCGCCACGCUCGCCCAGCUCACCAGUUCCUGUUGUGUGGGGGUGGAACCUGGUAAACAUUCGGAGGCCUUUUACAGGCUGUUCCUGCCGUCAGUCAUGGAUGGCCUGCUGUCAUUGGCCAGUCAGCUGAUGAGGCGGACAGAGAGUUUGUCUCUCUUCAGGAAGGUGAUGGAUUCAGUCGGCUGGCUGCUCAGAGCUCACACUCAGCUCACCACACAGGUUCUCAGCUCAGUCCACUACGAGCAGAUCCAGAUGUGCGAUACUGCCACUGUGUCUCUGCUCUGUGUCCAGCUGUGGAUUCAAACCUGCACAUCCAGCAGGGACUUCCUCUCGGGGUUGAGCGAUGACUCUGUCCUGUUGCUGCUCAACGAGGCCGUCGGCCAAUUAGCUGUCAGCACUGACUCUGAAGUGGGUGGGGCCUCUGUCAGACUGAUUCUCCUCAUGGCCAGUCAGCAGGAGUUGCGGGUCCAUCCCCUCCUCUUCAAUUUCAGAGGUCUGGACAGCCUACUGGACAAAGACUGGAGGGGGCGGGGAUUUGACCAGGACAUCGAUCAGCUGAUUGCACUCAUCCAAUCCGACAAAGGCACAAGGAACCACACCCAGGCGUCUGCUGAGUGUGUGCGGGCGGCGUGUGUGAUCCAGGCGGCCUGGAGGUCGUAUCAGACCAGACGAAGAGUGAAGAGCCUGAACAGAGCUGUCAGCACGCUGCAGAGGAGAUACAGGGCUCGGAGGAGACAGCAGCAGCAGCAGAGGGAGGCACAACAAUGGGAAGAGGAGUUGAAGUAUCAGGUGUGUGUGAGGCGUCAGCAGGCGAGGAGGGAAUUCCACCAGAAACAAAGACAACUGCUGCAGCUACUUCCUCCUGACCAGGUGCAGUCGUACCUGCAGGAGUGUGAGCGUCGUGCGGCUGUGGUGAUCCAGAGCUUCUGGAGAGGCUUCAGGGAGAGACGGCGCUACAACAACACACACCGACACACACUGAGACACACACACACACAGCAGCAGGCCGCCAGGACGCUGCAGAGAGCGGUGCGUCGCUUUCUGCAACAACGACGAGCAGCAAAGGCCCCGCCCACCACACCUUUCUGGAUUGGUCAGAAUGGUUUGACAGACAGCCGCAGGGUGGAGCUAAAGAGACAGGUGGAGGAAUACACAUCUCUACAUCCUUCGUCCCGUGUGUCCCGUCAGGAGUGCGAGCGUCUCCACGAGGAGGUGCAGCUGCUGCUAAUGUCGGAGCUGCAGAGAGGAGAUCAUCAGAGGAGGGAGGAGGAGAGGAUCGAGACUCUGCUGGCUCACACACACACACAGCUGGAGCUGCUCAGAGAAGCCCCGCCCCUCUCUGUUGUCACGGAGACAGAAGCAGAGUCCUUCCUGAGCCCCUCGGGUCCCACUGCCGCUCGUGCCCGUGAUGCCCACAAUGCAGUGCUGCAGGUGAGCAGGCUUCCCUGGUGGAGGACUCUGGGAGAGACUGCCGGCGUCGACAAGUUUAGCCCCGCCCAUCUGCAGGAGCUGGAGGCGGAGCUUGGAGGACUGUUUGUCGCGGGGUCAGUAGGGGUCAGCAAAAUCACUGAGGUGGAUGGAAUAAACCUUUAACCUGAAGAUUGUUUUAAACUGAUGAAUCUGUCGGACUUUCUUCUUCCUGUGGAAUUUCAGCUAGA